AUGGUACGUCGUUGGGUGGCUGUAACUGCAUUAAUAUUCGCUGUUGUUGUGGUUAUCAAUUUGGCAUUGAUACCAGUCUACCUCAGAAAAUCUAAAACUAAGCCGACGACAAACUCUGUUGCUGAGCUAAUCGAUGCAUCACUAAAUACACUCUCCGUUUACCCUGAUGGCUCAUACAGCGCUAAAAUGUCUGAAUUCACUCAAUUGACUGAAGAAAACUAUUCAUUUCUUCCACUGAAUCGUACCUUACUCAAUGAACUCAGCAAAAUCGACAAUAGUUCUUUCGUUUUCGAAGCUGGCCGCCAACAGUUUCUCUAUUUUCGCAUACCUGAUGAACUGGUCGUCCAGCAGCGAAGUGCACAUAGUCUUAGCGGUAUAGGCAUACAUUUUGGCCAACAAACUGAUAGUUUAAAUAUUGUCCCGAUUCUUGAUGAGCAACAAUCAUCACCUGGAGUCAGCAUCAUUCCAACAAAUCUACCUGAUAGAUCAAGAUUGUUACGUAUAGAAAUUACAACUAUGCCUACGAUGUGUUCUCAGCCAGGAAUUGCCGAUUCUUGUACCAGUGUGGAUUAUAAUGCGUAUUUGAUAUUUGACAAAACUCAACUAUCCACUUGGUCGGUUACCUAUCAAGCGAGUGUCGCUUGUGGUGACAUAUGCAGUACAUUAAGCAGUUACUCCGCUUGUGCAGUUUCAUGUGGUUCUCAAUGUGACGGAGAUCAAGUGGCUGGUGCUGAUACACCAGUCACACGGCGUUAUAAUCUAGGUCGAAGAAAUGUACAAUUCAAAUUUCAAUACGAAACUUACUCGGUGCGAGAUCGAAUCAAAGUCUGGAACGAUAUUAAUUUAUUAUUUGAUAGUGAGUGUGUUGGGACUAGUGGUGUGCGAACGAAAUAUUUGGUAUUGUCAAAUAAAACCAAUGUGCGUGUUGAUGUUGAACCAAACUGUGGAUGUCAAAGUUUGUCCGGUUGUACAGGAACAUUGUGGCACUUUACGGUUGUUUGUCCGGAAGUGUGUCCAGUGGAAAACCACAGAGCAGAUACUAGCAGUGCUGUGAAAUUAAGCUCGGAAGGUAGAAUAGUGACAAACGGUGCAACAUUAUAUAUUACAGAUGAAGCAAUAAUGCCAUCACUAGUUGCCUCAUCCUGUGAACCAGUGACUUGGGAAGUAUUAUUCAGCUACCAAGCCGCAUUUCCAGGUGCAUUGUCCUUCUCCAAAAAAGUCACUGGUCAGUCGUCUGAUUCGACAUCAUAUGAUAUUAUAGGAUCUUUACAAAACGAAACAAUUGGCGGUAUCGUAACAGCAAAAUGGAUCGUAGUUUCAACUAAAACAAGUGGUGAAAUUAAAUUCAAUAUCCUUGGAACACAGCCAGCAAAAAGAACUAUAAUGACUUAUAUUGACAGCCGUAGCUCAUUUUGGUAUGCAAAGAACAUAGCUGCACAGGAGAGUAGCGGUGGGCAACAGUUUUCAAUAGACCGUUAUCCACUUUUCUCGUCUGCACACGAUAAUGGUUACGGUAUCUAUCAGAUUACAAAUCCAACGCCUACUUAUAAUGAAGUUUGGAAUUGGAAAGCCAACGUCGACGCGGGAAUUCGGAUCAUUAAUCAGAAGACAACUGCUGCAAUUUCAUGGAUGGCUAAUCAACGUCAACAAGCUAAACAGGAAACAGGCAGAGAACAACCGGUCGAUGACGAACAGAUGCCGUCGCUAUAA